CUCUCUCCCUGCUCCCCCUGGUCAGCCUGGAGGUCUGGCUUCCAGUCACCAUGAAGGCUCUCCUGACUCUGGGGCUUCUGCUCCUCUCCGUCACUGUCCAGGGCAAGGUCUUUGAAAGGUGUGAGUUGGCCAGAACUCUGAAAAGACUUGGACUGGACGGCUUUCGGGGAGUCAGCCUGGCAAAUUGGAUGUGUUUGGCCAAAUGGGAAAGUGGCUAUAACACACGAGCAACAAACUACAAUCCUCCAGACCGAAGCACUGACUAUGGGAUAUUUCAGAUCAAUAGCCACUACUGGUGCAAUGACGGCAAAACCCCAGGAGCAGUUAACGCCUGUCAUAUACCCUGCAAGGCACUGCUGCAAGAUGACAUCACUCAAGCCGUGGCAUGUGCAAAGCGGGUUGUCAGUGAUCCACAGGGCAUCCGAGCCUGGGUGGCAUGGAGAAGCCAUUGUCAAAACCAUGACCUCACUCAGUAUGUCCAGGGUUGCGGAGUGUAACUGAGGAGUUUUCCUUCUUCAGCUCAUUUUGUCUCUUUUCAUAUUAAGGGAGGAGUCGUUGAGUGAAAGGUCACACCACCAUUCUUUCAAACAAAUAACAUUUUUACAGACGCAGGAGCAAGAUAUGGUCUUUCUUCUAAGAGGCUUAAUGUUGACUAAUAUGUUUAUUAUUUGAUAUGAAGCCUACAAUCUUUUCAGUUUGCGAAUAUACCUAAUGCUGGUCACAAUUUAUCUAAAAUCUUGGUUAUCCAAUACAUCUCCAGGACAUUUAGUUCUUAACCAAAGAUUAACCCAGACUUAAUCU